UGGCGCGGUGCAGGGCUCUUAGGAAUCAACGGCUGGGGCGCGGGUAAUCAGUUCCCUUUCCUUCUUUCCUUACCAGUUCUAGGUACUUGGGACUGCUGCGGAGCUUCUGGAACUGAUGCGGGCGCCCAAUCAUAGACUGUCCCAUCCUGCGCCUCUACUGCUCCCUCGCCCAGACUGGUUUCCCGGGACUGUGGCUUGCAGGGUCCGCCAUGGAGCCAGAGCAGAUGCUGGAAGGACAGACGCAGGUUGCAGAAAAUCCUCAUUCUGAGUACGGUCUCACAGACAACGUCGAGAGGAUAGUAGAAAAUGAGAAGAUUAAUGCUGAAAAGUCAUCAAAACAGAAGGUGGAUCUCCAGUCUUUGCCAACUCGUGCCUACCUGGAUCAGACAGUUGUGCCUAUCUUAUUACAGGGCCUUGCUGUGCUUGCAAAGGAGAGACCACCAAACCCUAUUGAAUUUCUAGCAUCAUAUCUUUUAAAAAACAAGGCACAGUUUGAAGACCGAAACUGACUUUUUGGGAAGAACAGAAAAAUUGGUUGCUCUAUACAUUUACAUGAUUAAGAGGCAGUUUUAAUUGCCAUGAUUUUUCCCCCCUUUUUGGAAGUAUAAGGACCUUCAGGACCACACAACUUAAUUCUGGAGUUGCAGAAGAGAACAUAUUUACUUUAUUUUGAUUUAAUCACAAUACUUAUUUAAUGAAUGUAUUCUGUGCAAUUUUUUUUUCUCAGAUGGUCUUUAACUUUUGCUUUUAAAAUGACCUUCGAAAUAAAUAGUUAAAAUACCAUU